AUGGCUGAAGAUCUUUCACUAUCAACAUCCUCUGAUCAACGGGAAACAAAAGGUAUUCAAUAUUAUAAAUUGUCGAAUGCACUGUCGUCGAAAACAAAUAGUGCCAUUGCUGAUUUUAUCGACGAAAAAAUUAAUAACAAUGAAUUGAAGGCAAAAAUUAAGUCCUUAUAUGUAGAAUAUUUAGAAAAAAAUUCCAAAAUGUAA